AUGGCGAGUGCCGGUGGCUAUCCUUCCUCGCAGGCUGUAGGCUCGAACGCGAAAUUCAAGAUUGGUCUCUGCCAGACUGGCGUCAGCCAUGACAAGAAGGAGAGCCUGGCCAAUGCGAAAGCAGCCAUUGAAGAAGCCGCGAAGAAGGGCGCCGAGCUGGUGGUUCUUGGUGAGAUGUUUAGCUGCCCCUACGCCACGAAGUACUUCCACGAGUAUGGUGAGCGGCUGCCCUUGCCAGGUGUGGACAUAAAGCUAACGUUGCUGAGGCUGAGCGUAAUCGCCUCUUUGAGCGCAGGGCUUGCGAUUAUGGCAGGCAAGAAGGUCGUUGUGGUUGGACAUGGCCCCAUUGGUCAUUCCUUCAUAGAGAAACUGGCUGAGAGGGAGGCCGGGUUCGAAAUCACGGUGAUUUGCGAGGAGCCUCGUCCAGCAUACAAUCGCGUCAUGCUGACGCAGUACUUCUUGGAUUGCGAUGGCGACAAGCAUGACCAGAUGAAGUUGUCGUAUUGGAGCGAGGAGGACUUGAAGAGCAAGAAUGUCAAGCUUGUCUAUGGUCGUGCAACCAGUAUUGACCGUGACAACAAGGCCGUUGCGUACUCCAAAGUCAGCCACGGUGGAAGCUCUGUCGAUGAAGAUGCAGAUUCAUUGAAGUACGACAUCCUGGUGCUUUGCACUGGCAGCUUCUGCUUUGUUCCACCAACUCCCGGCUUCGUUUUGCCAGAAAAGAAGAACCCCCAGUGGCCGGAUGACCCAGCUUCUCGCCCUGAAGGUGUCUUCGUGUACAGGACGAUCGAAGAUCUUGAAGCACUCAUCGCUGCAGCAAAGAAAUCCAAGCGAGCAGCCGUGAUUGGAGGCGGUCUCUUGGGCCUCGAGGCUGCAAAGGCGGUGUAUGAUCUCGAGAUGGAAAGCCACGUCGUGGAGAUGGCCCCGUACCUCAUGCCUACGCAGCUCAACGAGGAAGCUGGCAAAGCCUUGGAGAGGAAGAUAA